UGUACUGACAUGUACCAAUAUUUGUACCUGAGAAAAGAAGCACCUGGCUUAAGAUAAAUCUGCCUUAUCAAGUGACGUUGACUGCGAAUUGUUUUACUUUUGAGCGUAAAUAUUUUGGAUAAAUAUGCCAAGGAUAGUAGAGUGUGUCCCCAAUUUCUCCGUGGGCAGGAAUAAGGAGAUUAUAGAGGCGAUUGCAAGUGCUAUAGCUGCCACAGAGGGUGUCAGCCUGCUCGAUGUCGACCCUGGGGCAUCUACAAACCGCACGGUAUACACAUUCGUGGGUUCACCUGACUCUGUGGUAGAAGGAGCACUCAAUGGAGCCCGUGUCGCAUACCAGGCCAUUGACAUGCGAGCACACCAGGGUGAGCACCCUCGUAUGGGAGCUUUGGACGUGUGUCCUUUCAUCCCUGUACAGAAUGUCACCAUGGAAGAAUGUGUCGAGUGUGCCAAGGAGUUUGGCGAUAAACUCUCCAUUGAGCUUGGUGUGCCAGUGUACUUAUAUGGGGAGGCUGCCACAGAGCCCCACAGAAAGACCCUGCCACAGAUAAGGGCUGGGGAGUUUGAGGGCAUACCAGAAAAAAUUCAGAAACCAGAGUGGAAGCCAGAUUUCGGCCCGGCAGAGUUUGUACCUUCCUGGGGUGCGACGGCGACAGGUGCGCGUAAAUUCCUGAUUGCUUACAACAUCAACAUUCUCGGUACGAAGGAACAAGCUCACAGGAUUGCACUCAACAUCCGGGAACAGGGACGUGGACAAGAGCAGCCUGGCAAGCUGAAGCACGUCCAGGCUAUUGGCUGGUAUCUUGAAGAAGCCAAUAUGGCUCAGGUGUCAGUCAACAUCACUGACUUUGAGGAGACUGCAAUACACACUGUGUACGAUGAAGUCUGCAAGAAUGCCGAGGAGUUGAACCUAGCAGUUGUUGGUUCCCAGAUUGUUGGCCUGGUUCCCCUGCAGGCUAUUAUGGACUCUGCCCAGUUUUACAUGGAUAAAAGCAAUCUGUUUAUUCUUGAAGAAGACCAGAAAUUACGACUGGUGAUCAACAGGAUGGGUCUUAACUCCCUGGGUGCCUUUAGUCCUAAAGAAAGAAUAAUAGAGUACAUGAUAUCAGAUGACCGUGAGGGACCACUGGUCACUAUGGAUGUAAAGGACUUUAUACUGACCGUGGGUUCAAGGUCGCCAUCCCCUGGAGGUGGCUCUGUUUCUGCUCUGGCAGCAGCUUUGGGAGCAGCACUGGGUUCUAUGGUUGGUUUUCUGACAUACGGGAACCGGAAGUUUGAGCAUCUCGAUGGCCAGAUGCGGAAGCUAAUUCCCUCCCUUUAUAAAGCCAUGAAGGACCUGACACCAUUCAUUGAUGCCGACGCAGCCGCCUUCAGUGAAUAUAUGCUUGCCAUGAAAUUGCCGGCUGAAGGAGAGGAGGAACAACAGAUGAAAACAGCUGCCUUGCAACAGGGGCUCUGUACCGCUAUACAGGUUCCCCUUACAGUCGCAAGAAUAAGUAACAGCUUGUGGGGACCAUUGACUGAACUGGCCAUGGUCGGAAACAUCAACUGCAAGUCUGAUCUGCAGGUUGGAGCUCGUAUGCUGGAGACAGCCGUGUGGGGUGCAUAUUAUAAUGUGAAGACCAACCUGGAUGAUGUUAAAGACGAAGAUUUCAAGAAAAAGGUGUCAGAGGAAGUGGACGGUGCAAUAAAGCAUGCUCAGGAGAGCUGUGGGGCCAUCUUGAAAAUCCUGGAGGAUCGGAAGGCCUGAGUUUUCUAGUCGCUUUUCUUCUUAUGUAGUAUUCCCACCGAGUGGUUCAUAGUGCGGUAGUGUCGGAGCUUAAUAUGCUUGAAUUACAGUAACUGUUGGUGAUGCGCAAAAUUUGAUUCCAUGAUUGACAUUUACUUUGAAUCAUAUAAUCUUCAAAACUCCAAAUAUCAAACCAGUCUACAUGAAGAGGUAUAGGAUGGAUUUUUCAUCCAGUUUUCCACCCAGAUUUCAUAAGGUUUAUAUAACCAUUUGAACGUUUUCUUACGUAAUACAGGCGGAGUUAACAUUUAAGUGUAAACAGGCAAAAUCUUAACCAGUCUAAAAAAAUUCACUGUGGUUUAUUGUCAUUCUGUUGUAAAUUCAUAGCAACCAAUUUCAUGUUCUUGUUAAAAUGCUCAAAAGUCAAUCCAGUUUGAACGUUUACUGCUGUAGAAGAAUUUUAUUGGAAAUGUGAUAACGAUAGUCUUUAUCAGUUUCAUCUGUUAAAAUCUACUCAUUUUAUGUCAUUUCGUUGAUUGCUCAAUAUUCAGUUGUAAACAGUAAAUUUCCAUUAAAUCAGACUUUAGUAAUAUGUGAUAUCAAAAAUAUGCAUUCAAGAUAAAAAUAAACAGUAUAAAAUGUUUAAUCAUUUAGCACUGGGUGUUUCAUUGCCAUUGGUAGCAUUUUUAAAAAGAAUCUUCGGGGUUUUACCAAUGAUUUUUAGCUCUUUUUUUCAAAUCCAUUACCAUUUUGAUCAAAGCAUACCUACAAGAUAUACUCCCUUGUUUCCAUUUAAAACACUCUUUAAGAACGUAUCAUGUUUUUUGCCAUCGUGGGAUACCCCGGAUACACACUAUGCUUUGCUUUGUUGUGUAUCGUGGGCAAUUUGGCUAGGAAAAUCUCGAAAUCAUGAAUAUUUAAUGAGGCAGUUUUAUUGGUUCCGCAAAGUACCAGAUGCUUUAUGGUUGAAAAAUAUUUUGGCGAUUGCCGGAGUUGAACCGGGUCCGCCUUCUCAGUACAAUAAUAUUUGGUAGUAGUCAAGACUACACGGUCUCGGAGGCUACUGACAUUAUAUUGUUUUUGAACAAUAUUUGAGUGUAACAUGCGAAGUCAUUGGAAGAAAAGUUGUCUCUCCUGUCUAAUGCAUAUUCAUUAAAACAAGAUUUUGUCAGUCAAUUGUCCCACGGUGUGUUCGAAAUGUAACGGAAAAAGUACCGUGGUUGUCGACGAUGGUUUUUUGCAUCAUCUGUGCAUUUAUCAUGCCUUUUGCUUUCAUUUUUAAAUAUAGAUGUUAGAGGUUUUUGUUCAAUUUGUGUUCUGGGAUUUUAGUAGAUUUUUAUUGCUUUAUUUAUAUUGUUCCUGUGUUAUUAAGUGUUGAACUUGUGUUUUAACAGUUUGGACUUGUUUUUAAUAUUUUUUCCAAGAAAUCCUUAAAUAUUUUGAAGGAAGUCACCCCAUUAGUUCAGUCAUGCAUAGGUUGCGCCAUAUAGAUGGAUGAUUAUCCAGUUUUUUUCAUAGUGGUAAUGGUCAUUUUUUGCUGGUUAUUGGAUAUUAUUCUUUUUGCAUAAGUCUAAAGUGCAACUUUCAAACCUCAUAUAUUCCAUGAUACAUUUUUUAAGCUGCAUAAUUCUGUAAUAUUUAAUGGUGUAUAAUCUGAUUAUUAAUAUUAAAAAAUAGAAAUGUGCCGUUUAAGACAAAACACUUUCAUAAUUACAUUUAUAAGGUCAUGAGGAUUUUGGGUCACAAGCUAAUUAUGUCUUUGAAAAUAUAAGGGUAUUUUACCUAUUUAGUAUUUGAUAUUUAAAAUGUUGUUGUUAAAGAGAUUUCAAUUUUUUUUAAAUCAUUAAAAAUUGUACAAGAGUAAUUUGCAACAAUUGUGUUCAAAAACACAUUUUUCUUCACCAUACAUACCAAUGAUAAAACAAGUUUUGAAAAAGUUUGUUUUCCACUUUUUUAAAUUCUUUUAUUUUUCCGUGUUUUCAAAAAACACAUUUGUUGAUGUGCAAUGCAUUGAGAAAUUAGGAAACCCCAAUUAAAUCAAGCUGAAGUUAUUAAUUUACAUGUGCAACGAGUGUUAGGAACCAGAACUUGAACAUGUGUUCAUAUUUAUUCAUUUUUAAGCUACCAAUAACUUGAGAUAAAUAAUGAAUAUGUUGUUCUGCAUUACUAUUUCAAAUUUGAAAAGAAGCAUAAUGGUUGGUAUGCAUAGAGUUAGCAAUUUAAUAUUUGCACCAAGUUAAAAACUUGUAUAAAUAUUGUUCACUGUAAUAGUAUUAUAAAGUCUGCUAUUAGUAUUAUACAUUUAUUUAACAAAACAGGGUUUUUUCAUCUCAUUAUCUUAUAAUGUGAAGUUUCUUGAUAUCUAUAUCAGUAAGAGUUACAGCACCCACAACCCGAGUUUGAUAUAGUACACAUACACUUCAAUCAUGAGGGUGGUGGGUAACGUUAAUGUUUUAUACCAUGUUUCCAAGGAAAACGUUCAAUAUCUAGGGUGUGGUAUAAGUGAAUAGCAAUGUAUAUGCACUCUUGGUAUUGAACAGUUAAACUCCACCUACUUGUCACCAUUCCAAUAUGGGAGUUAAUGUUAAGAUAACAUCAAUGGAAACACCCACAAACAUGGUACAAAAAACUUUAUAUACUCUUAUAGAACCCUUGGAGUAGGAUUUGUUGUUAGUCCCAGCAGACACUGAUGCAAAUAGUACAGCUUGCCUAUGUACAGUGUUAGUCCCAGCAGACACUGAUGCAAAUAGUACAGCUUGCCUAUGUACAGUCCAAACAUUUAAUUUUAUGGGGUUUUAUAUGCCCCUGAAAGUAUUUUUUAAAGAUAUUGUCUGUGAAAGUAUAUUUGUAUGACAUCUGCUGUUCAUUUGUAUAAAACUUGUUGAUUCUUUGGUUUGGUUAACGAUAGCCAAACAAAUUAUUGAUUGGUCAAUAUUUAUUCAAUAAUUUUUUUUGACCAGUCAUAUCAUUUUUAUGUGGAAACUAGUCAAGCCACAACCUGUGGAUAAUUUAUCCAGUUCCAUACCAUUGGCUGCAGUUCAAAGAUGAAUGUUCAUGCAUUAUAAAUGAGUUACCAUUUAUCGCUUUCCCAUGCAUUAUAAAUUAGUAACCAUGUGUUCGCAAUAGUACUGUAAUUGUUGUGAACUAUUUUUUGUAUCUUCAAGUAGAAGCAAGUAUUAAUCUACCGUACAUUUACUAGUAUUUAUUAUACUGCAGAAUAUAAUUUUUAUAACCCAAUGCAAAAUGAUACCGUCCAUAUAUGUCGUAUUCUCCCAGUAUCUACCUGUAAUCAACUUACAUGCCAGCCUGUAUUAUAAGAUAUAUUUUGACUGGAAAGUUAUCUUAAAGCCUGUAAUAUAAGAUAUAUUUUGACUGUUAAGUAUUCUUUAAGCCUGUAAUAUAAGAUAUAUUUUGACUGGAAAGUAUUCUUAAAGCCUGUAAUAUAAGAUAUGUUUUGACUGGAAAGUUAUCUUAAAGCAUGUAUCAUAAAAUAUAUUUUGAUUGGAAAGUUAUCUUAAAGCCUGUAUUAUAAGAUAUAUUUUGACUGGAAAGUUAUCGUACAGCCUAUAUCAUAAAAUAUAUUUUGAUUGGAAAGUUAUCCUAAGGCCUGUAUUAUAAGAUAUAUUUUGACUGGAAAAUCAUCUUAAAUCCUGUAAUAUAAGGUAUAUUUUGACUGGAAAGUAUUCUUGAAACCUGUAUUAUAAGAUGUAUUGUGACUGGAAAGUUAUCUUUAAGUAUAUAGGAUAUAUUUAAACUGGAAAGUUAUCUUAAAGCCUGUUAUAUAAGAUAUAUUUUGACAGUAAAGUUAUCUUAAAGCCUGUUAUAUAAGAUAUAUUUUGAUUGGAAAACAAAUUAUUAAGGUGCAAUGUUUAUCUUAUAGAAGUUUAAAUACCAUUAUGGUUGUUUAAUAAUGGGGUAAUCUUGCUCAAAUAUUUCCUUCUACAUAAUCAUAGUGUUUGAAAAAAAAAAACUAUUCAAUUUGAAAACAUGGCAAGAUGUCACAAGGAUUGGCUCCUAAACAAUUUCAGAUGCUCAAACUUACAUUGUUUUUGUUCAAUUCCUACAUUGAAGCUUGUGAGUAUUCUGAGCUUUUGAGAAACUACUGUUAUAAACCAUCCAGCAGUUCUAAACUCUUCUAUUAUUUGACAGUCCUUAAAAAGAUAACGAUAUCAUGAUAUAUUUUAUAAUGAAUUUUUGGAUAUGAUGGUAACAUUUUUGUUAACUCAUUUAAGUUACCAUUACAUGUAGCUCAGGAGACUGUUGAAGUUUCGCGGAGCUGGGCCCAGGGGCUGGGAGACUGUUGAAGUUUCGCAGAGCUGGGUCCAGGGGCUGGGAGACUGUUGAAGUUUCGCGGAGCUGGGCCCAGGGGCUGUAUUCAUAAAGCAACCUUUUAUGGAAUUUUUACUUUACUAGGACAUUGCCUUUUUUUUGAAGCUGAUUUUAUAAAAGUGAAUAUGUUUAAACAACAAUAAUAUGAACAAUUAAAAAGGGUCUAAUUUAUGUGAAUCAAUUUGAUGAAAAAUUAUGGGAUUUAAAGUAAAUGCUGUCAUAAAUUAGUAAAAUUUUCAUUAAGUUGAAAUAUUUCACUUAGAAGCUUUCUGAAUAUGACCCCUUAAGUCCUUAGUUAGUUCUAUAUCUAGCUUUAUGACCUUAGCUGUCAUAGCUUACCUGAUACUCUGUUAACCUUCUGUACUGUGAUUCCGAUGAAACAUUCCAAAUAUAGUUGCUUUAAGGUUUUUAACCUUGGAUUAUUGUAAUAAAAAUUGUGAUACUGGC